GAACUGGAGAUAACCUGAAUGAAGAGACUUGCAACUUUUUCACACAGCAUAAAUAAACACCUACCUCAAAUUUCUCCUUCUCUUCUUCCAUAGAAUUCCCAGAAGAAAAUGGCAGCAGGAAAUCACUCUGCAGUGACUGAGUUCAUCCUCGCUGGGCUAACAGAAAAGCCAGAACUCCAGCUGCCACUCUUUCUUUUCUUCCUAGAAACUUAUGUGGUCACAGUGGUGGGGAACCUGGGCAUGAUCACACUGAUUGGGCUCAGUUCUCACCUGCACACCCCUAUGUACUAUUUCCUCAGUAGCUUGUCAUUCAUUGAUCUCUGCUAUUCCACUGUCAUUACCCCCAAAAUGCUGGUGAGCUUUGUGACAGAGAAGAACACCAUCUCCUACCCUGAAUGCAUGACUCAGCUCUACUUCUUUGUUUUUCUUAUUGUAUCAGAAUGUCAUAUGCUGGCUGUGAUGGCAUAUGAUCGUUAUGUUGCCAUCUGUAAUCCAUUGCUUUACAAGGUCACCAUGUCUGAUCAGGUCUGCUCCUGGUUGGUAGUUGAGGUAUAUAUGAUGGGCUUGAUUGGUGCCACAGCUCACACAGGUUGCAUGCUAAGAGUGGUUUUCUGCAAGGCUAAAAUAAUUAACCAUUACUUCUGUGAUGUUUUUCCACUACUGGAGCUGUCCUGUUCCAGCACUUAUAUCAAUGAACUGGUACUUUUGUGCUUCAGUGUAUUUAACAUUCUUGGGCCAACCUUGGCCAUCCUUGGCUCCUAUGUCUCCAUCAUUGCCAGCAUCCUGCAAAUCCAUUCCACUGAGGGCAGGUGCAAAGCCUUUAGCACAUGCAGCUCCCACAUUUUGGCUGUUACAAUCUUCUAUGGUUCUAUAGCAUUCAUGUACCUGCAGCCAUCAAAGGUCAGCUCCAUGGACCAAAGCAAAGUGUCUUCUGUGUUUUAUACCAUUAUUGUGCCAAUGCUGAACCCCCUGAUCUACAGCCUGAGGAAUAAGGAUGUCAAAGUUGCUCUAAAUAAAAUCAUUGAGAAAAGACUAUUUUACCUUAGCAAAGAUUUAUAA